CAUUAUGUGUACUGUCGCUACGAUAUUACUUCGCUACACGCAUCCGCUUCUAAUCUGUUCAUAGGGCAAGCUGACAUCGGUUUUGCUAAAAUUAGCGACCAAUAGUUCCUUCUAGUUGUCGGGGGUUAUGGUGUCGUGCGUGCGUAUGUGUUUGGGAAUAUUCUAUUAGAAUGACUAAAUCUAUUUCAACGUACAAAUCAAAGAAGCUGCUGAUAUUUAUAAUUGUAACAUUUAUCGCAAUUACCGUCCUCUACAUAGUCAAUAUUACCCAGAGAAUCCAUGAGGAAGCAACAAGUAGUGAAAAAAAGGAUACAAAAUGGAGAGACUAUAUUGAUAAUUCAAGAGCAGCAGCUUUCCUGAAAAACUACAACAAAAUGUUUGCUCAGAACCAAACGCAAACACCUGAAGCGGACCCCAACAACGUCAUCACCAUUCAGACUUGGUGGCAAGCUGCAGCCAUAAUUGACUGGUACUAUAACGGACCAAAGAGAUAUGACUGUAAGCAGGUCAAGCCGAUGGGAAACUGGCAUAUUUGUCAAGACCCACCCUACACAGUCAGCCCUCCAUGUCUGGUCUACUCAUUCGGUAUCAACUAUGACUUUUCUUUUGACGAUGCUAUGGUUUCAUUAGGAUGUGAGGUCCAUUCCUUUGAUCCAAGUAUGAACAUGGAGACACAUAAGAGGAAGAAUGGAAACUUUUCCUAUUUCUAUAAGUGGGGUCUCAGCAAUGUCAACGCCGAUGCCUACGAGCCAAGAAAAGACGUCUAUGUGAAAAACGUCCAAUCUUGGAAAAUGAGAACAUUGAAGUCAGUGAUAAAAGAGUUAGGACAUGAAGAGAGGACUAUAGAUGUUCUGAAAAUGGAUAUUGAAGGCUAUGAAUGGGGAGUUGUUGAUAACUUGUUAGAGACAGAUGUUCUGAAACAAGUUCGACAAUUUUUGAUCGAGUACCAUUUAUUUCCUUCCUUUCCAGCCAGGGCUGAAUACGUUUAUCUGUAUCAGACUAUUUCAAGAGUUAGAGAAAUGGGGUUUAGAGAAUUUCAUUAUGGGGAUGAACCAAGAAAUAUUAACGAGGCCAACUUUAACAAUCAACGUGUUGUGGACUACGUCAGCUUCUUCUUUCACCAAUAAAUAAAAUCAUGUCAUAAUUAAAGCAAAUAGUAGGCUUAUUUGGAAAAAGGGAUCUGUAUAAGUCUAUGUCAUUUGUAUGGUGUAGUUUAUAAAUCAUAAUCACAUUGGA